UACCUGGAGGUGUGUGGUGGUAGACACUGUUUAUGUGUGUUAAGUGAUUAUUUAAUGAGAACUAGACAUCACACGUAAGCAGAAUGGCAGGUGAGGGGCGACGUGCCAGCCUCACAUCGUCCCUGGUGACUGACGUGACAGGCUUCCCGUCUAUGACAGAAGAGGAGAUCUCAGGGUUGAACGUGGAACAGCUGGAGAACGCCGCGGAGGAGCUUCAUGCGCUUUGUUCACUCAUGCAGGCAGAGCUCGACCUAUACAGCCGCUUCCUCAGUAGUCAGGUGGUGCAGGAGGACGCUGCCCCUUCCACACAAACACACUUCACUCCAGGUGGGAAACGGUGCUGUGCUUGCUUUUCUGCUUACUAUUUCUACGAGUAUUAUCCCAGUUCCUGCUUCGUCCUUCUGCUGCUGUUAUUCUAG